AUGGAAGACAACGAUCCCUUCAUGUUUGGCCCCGACGCCUCAACAGACAUGGAAACUCUGCACGCAAUCUACUACGCCAACAACGACGACAACAACAACAACAACAAUGGCGCAUACAAUCCAAACAAUCUCCACGACAUCUCCACGACAUCGUGCUACCUCGACGCGCUGACCUCGACUUCCGACGACGCGGCCACGGACUGGUCAAAUCUGCAGUUGUCGUUGAACGGCAUCUCGUCGCCGACGAGUAGUCAGAGUAGCGUCACGCAUGAGGGAUCGAUGUUCCAGGAAGCAUUUUUGUCGUCGCAUCACAAUCCACACGUUAGUAAUCUGACGUUGGCUAUCCAAGGGAUGAAUAAUAAUGCGGGAAUAUUUGAUGCAAUCCCCGCGUCGACGUCGGGGUCCGAUGAGCUCGCCAUGAACAAUAAUCUGCCAUACAUGGACGACAAACCAUCUCGAAUGACCAAACAGAGCCUCCGCGCGCUCAAGGACUGGAAAGCUCAACACGGCGACGCAACGAAGCCGACAAUGCAGCAAAUCCACCGACUGCAACGACGCACAAAUCUGUCUUCGGAGCAGAUAUUGAAUUGGACUUUUCUGCAAAUGCGACAGGAGCAGCGACGAUGGAACGACCAUCGACACCCGCAGUGA